GCCUCGAAUAGACCUCACGAGCAAUAGUGAAUCCAUAUCAUCACUGUGCGUCAGAAUCCUUUUAUCCAAACCACAUGUGAAUCCUCUUUAUCGACUUUGUUAAAUAAGUGGAUUGUUAACGUACACCGACACGCAGCAAUAUGGAGUCCUGCGGGAUGAGCUUGAUCAAAUACAUUCUAUUCUUCUUCAACCUGAUAUUCGCCGUGUCCGGUAUCGGCAUCAUAGUCGCCGGUGCUUUGGUCCUCUCGGAUGUUGGUGAGUUCAGCCACUUCUUGGAAGGAAGGAUAACCGCACCUCCGGUCGUCCUUAUAGUCGCCGGAGCCAUCGUCUUCUUCAUCGCCUUCCUGGGCUGCUACGGUGCCAUAAAGGAGAAUUACACCCUGCUGAUAGCCUUCGCGGGUGCCCUGGUGGUCAUAUUCGCGAUAGAACUGGCAGUCGGCAUCGCAGCUGCAGUAUUCCGUAACGACUUCAGCAUGGCCAUGAAAGAGACUCUCAGAUCGACCAUGACGAACUACACGGAAGCUGACAAGAUGGCGUGGAACAACGUGCAGCAGAAGCUGAAAUGUUGCGGCAUCGAUGGACCGGAGGAUUGGGAACGUGCUAAUGUCCUGCCAGGACCAGGACUCUUGCCAGAGUCCUGCUGCGACCUGAAUUCCGGUGCGAGUACGCAGUGCAUCAUGAAUAGUCAGAGCAAGGUCUACCGAAGGGGUUGUUACAUGGAGCUUGAGUCCAGGGUGCAGAAUGGAGCGAAGAUCCUGAUCGGCGUAGGGAUAGGAAUCGCGUUCAUUGAGAUCGCAGGAGUGGUUCUCGCUUGCUUUCUGGCUAAUGCGAUAAAACGUGAAGGCGGUGAAAAGUGAAGAAAAUUUUUAUAAUUCAGAUAU